AACCAACCCGCUGCUCACACUCGCCUGACAGAAGCCGAGCUGAGAACAUCAUCCGCUUUGAGCGCACGGACACACUGAUUACAUUCACGCAGCGAGGUUGGGGGGGAAAGCGCUCUGCUGUUCGUCAUAGUUUUCAUGUAGAAAUUGCAUUUUUUCCCUCUCUCUUUCUCUCUUGCCUCCUCCCAUCUACCAGCCAGUAAUUUCCUGUUUUGUGGUCACUUUUUGAGAAGAAGGGCUCAGUGUGUUUCUGCGCGCAGGAAGUAUUGGCUAUGCAUCAGCCUGACGCCAAAACUCAACCGCGCGUUGCGGAGUUGAUUAAAACAGAGGCGCUCGGAUCAGAUGGCUGUGCUUCACACCGCUCAAACGACUAAAUGUUAUACGACCCGACUCAAAGGAGAGGAAUUUGUUAUGCUUUUAAUCUCACUGCGUUUUUGCAGGAAGAUAAUUUGGGAAUGCGCGCUGCUUGUAAAAAGUAAGGAGUAACAGUUUUUUUUUUUUUUUUUAAACAACUUUUCCUUUCUUGAAGUGCACUUGGAGGGAGAAAGCAGAAAUGAUUCGAUUGCUUUUUCUGGUCUCCAUCCUGGAUGGAGCGCUCUCUCAGCUCCGUUACUCGGUGGCAGAGGAACAGGAGCCCGGCACCGUGGUUGGAAAUAUUGCAGAGGAUUUGGGGCUGGACAUUACCAAACUUUCCGCUCGCCAUUUUCGGACUGUGCCUAAUUCACGGACACCCUAUCUGGAAAUGAAUUUAGAAAACGGCGCACUUGUGGUGAGAGAGAAAAUUGACCGCGAAGAAAUCUGCAAGCAGACCAUCCCGUGCCUACUGCACCUGGAGGUGUUUUUGGACAACCCAUUGGAACUCUUUCGCGUCGAGAUUGAAGUGAUGGAUAUCAACGACAAUUCACCCAGGUUUCCCGAGACGGACAUUUCGGUGGAAAUAUCCGAGAGCGCCAUCCCCGGGACGCGCUUCCCAGUGGAGAACGCCUUCGACCCGGACGUGGGCGCAAAUGCUCUCAGCACAUACGCCAUCACCAAUAAUAACAAUUUUUACCUGGACGUGCAGACUCAAAGUGACGGGAACAAGUUCGCCGAGCUUGUGCUGGAGAAGCCUCUGGACAGGGAGCUGCAAGCUGUGCACCGCUACGUACUCACCGCGGUGGACGGAGGUAACCCUCAGCGCACCGGAACCGCGCUCCUCGUCGUUAAAGUUCUUGAUUCGAACGACAACGCGCCCACUUUUGACCAAUCCGUCUACUCUGUUAACUUGCGCGAAAAUUCCCCCGUGGGCACCCAAGUAAUUCAGCUCAACGCCACCGACGUCGACGAGGGGCAAAACGGGGAAAUUAUUUAUUCAUUCAGCAACCACAACACCCCCCGGAUUAAAGACUUAUUCAGCAUUGAUGCGAGAACAGGCAGAAUAGAGGUGGCCGGUGAGGUGGACUAUGAGGAGAGCAACACACACCAGAUUUACGUGCAGGCAAAAGAUUUGGGGGCGAAUGCUGUCCCCGCUCAUUGCAAAGUGCUCGUGAAACUCGUGGACGUGAACGAUAACACUCCUGAGAUUGGCUUCAGUACCGUGACCGAGUCCGUGAGCGAGGAGGAUGCCCCCGGCACCGUGAUUGCACUUUUCAGCGUCUCGGAUCGGGACUCGGGCGAGAACGGUUUAAUGAGCUGUGAGAUCCUGGGAGAUGUCCCUUUCAAGCUCAAGUCGUCUUUUAAGAACUACUACACUAUUGUGACGGACGGCCCGCUGGACCGUGAGACAACUGAGUCCUACACCAUCACGGUGGUGGCAAAAGAUAAGGGGCAGCCCGCUCUUGCCACCAGCAAGUCCAUAAAAGUGCACGUCUCUGAUGAGAAUGACAACGCGCCCCGUUUUACGCAGGUGGUUUAUGACGUGUAUGUGACCGAGAAUAAUGUGCCCGGGGCUUUCAUUCAUGCUGUGAGCGCUUUAGACCCUGAUAUUGGACAGAACGCUCUUCUUACUUACUCCAUAUUGGAGUGUGACAUACAGGGCAUGUCUGUGGACACUUAUGUUUCCAUAAAUCAGGACACCGGUUACCUUUACGCACUGCGCUCUUUCGAUUAUGAGCAGCUCAAAGAGUUCAGCUUCAUGGUCCAGGCAAAGGACACAGGAACACCUGAGCUCUUCUCGAAUGCCACUGUGAACGUGAUCAUAGUGGACCAAAACGAUAACGCCCCAACUGUCAUAGCCCCCAUUGGUAAAAAUGGCACUGCUAAGGAGCCCCUGCCACGGUCUGCUGAGCCUGGCUACCUUGUGACACGCGUCGUGGCCAUGGACGCGGACGACGGCGAGAACGCUCGGUUAUCCUACAGCAUCUCGCGUGGCAACGAGAUGGGCAUGUUUCGGAUGGACUGGAGGACGGGGGAGCUCAGGACCGCCCGCCGGAUCUCUCACAAGCGGGACUCUCAGGGCCAUUAUGACCUGCUAAUAGAAGUGAGGGACCACGGGCAGCCCCCCCUCUCUUCGUCAGCCAGCGUGAGUGUGAUAUUAGUGGACAGUGUGGUCGAAGGUCGCAGUGGAGAUCGCGGCUCUGCCUCCAAGGCAAAGGAGACCUCUCUCGACCUGACGCUCAUUCUCAUCAUAGCCCUCGGCUCGGUGUCCUUUAUCUUCCUCUUGGCCAUGAUUGUCUUGGCCGUGCGUUGCCAAAAGGACAAGAAACUCAACCUGUACACCUGCCUAUUAGCUGGUGACUGUUGCAUGUGUUGCGGCUCCUGUUGCAGCAGGCACGCUCGAGGCCGCAAGCAGAAGAAGCUGAGUAAGUCCGACAUCAUGUUGGUUCAGAGUACCAAUGUGACAUCAGGCGUUGGGCCUGUGGGGCAGGUGCCCGUGGAGGAGUCAGGAGUCGGCAGUGUCGGAGGUGGAUUUGGCUCCCAUCAUCACCAGAAUCAGAACUCCUACUGCUACCAAGUGUGUCUGACACCAGAAUCGGCCAAAACUGAUCUGAUGUUCCUGAAGCCAUGCAGCCCCUCACGAAGCACCGAUACGGACCACACCAACCCGUGUGGCGCCUUAGUUACUGGUUACAGCGACCAACAACCAGACAUCAUAUCCAACGGCAGUAUUCUUUCCAGUGAGAAUAAACACCAACGUGCGGAACUCAGCUACCUGGUGGACAGACCAAGACGUGUUAACAGUUCGGCAUUUCAAGAAGCAGACAUUGUGAGCUCCAAAGACAGUGGUCAUGGUGAUAGCGAACAAGGCGACAGUGACCAUGAUGCCACAAAUCGGGGUCAUUCUGCCGGUGCUGAUCUGUUCUCCAACUGCACAGAAGAGUGCAAAGCCCUGGGCCACUCCGACCGCUGCUGGAUGCCAUCUUUCGUCCCAUCCGAUGGACGCCAGGGGCCAGACUAUCGCAGCAACCUCCAUGUCCCCGGAAUGGAUGCCACACUGCCAGACACUGAGGUACCCUCCUCUGUCAACCUCUCCGACCAAGUCGCCUUGACAUCGUCCACCGCUUCGUCCAGCAAUAAGUCAUUCUUCACCUUUGGCAAGGAUGGUCAAAGGUCACAGUCACACAACAGCCUUCACCAUCACCUCCAUCCGCAACAGCCGCAGUACAGCUCCAGCACGCUAGAGAGGAAAGAGUAUGAUAGGGGGACCCUCCCGUACAAAUCCACAUUUUUCUGUGAGUAUCAGUAUGAUAAAUCCUUAGGACCCUUUGACUUUGGUCUGGUUCAGCACAGAUACUAAAGGAGGGGGUGCUGAAUAUGCCAUUUAUUCCUGAUCUGGACAAUAAACUUGAAUUCUCCUGUUUUUAAGGAGCUUAAAAGUGCAAGUUUAGUGUGUUAUAAUUAUAAUGUUCUCUUGUAAUUAAUAUUUUUUUUUGUCAAAUGUCAAAUGCAAUUCAUUAAUGCUUACCCUCCUUUUCCCCAAAAUUCACAAUAUAGACUUCCCCACUAAUUUAAAUGUUGUCUGUAAUUAUGUGACAUAAAAAAUACUAAUAAAAAAAAAAAAAGAAAAAUUGGACUCAUGAUUCUGCUCUGGCCCGUUUGUCCCGCUCCCACCCUCUAUAAUAUUACCUGUAAAAUCCUUUGCCAAUUUAUUCUUUUAUACUAUCUGAUGGUCAUAUAAAUCAAGGUCAUCUACAUCAAGCUCACCCCAUGUUUUUAUGUUACAUCGCCUCACACAUUUGUCUGAGUGCUGUCUUUGUUUAAAACUUGGAUGAAUCCACUCUUGACACGUGACUCGAAAUCCACAAGGAAAAAAAUCAUCAUUCCACUUUAUUUUGGAAAAGAAUGUGUCCCUUGUGUAGCAAGCAAAGCUGACAAACAACACACAAAAACAUUCAGGAAGGAAAGUUGAGCUGCACCAUAUUGAUAUCAGUUGGAACAUGAAAGGGAAUUUCCAGCUCCAAAGAGUUCUACAGCAUUCAUUAGGAGACGAUAACAAAUCAUUUCCGAGCUCCCACAUAGCAUAAAUAAUCUAUUAGCUCUAAGAGUAGAGAAUGGAUUCGAUAUACACACUCAGUAAAGAGGUCAUUUCCAAUCAAGUCACUAGCAUGCACACCACCAUCCGCCAUGAAACUGCAUGCUGACUGGGCGCUGUCUCUCAGGUAAAGGAUUGUUUUUGACCUAGUAAACUGCCAAACAAUGUCUCUCCUGUUCUGCCUCACAGAGUAAUGAUAAAUGUGCAAUAUAUUUCAUACACUUUGGAUUGGUGAUUUUGGUCUUUUCAAAUAAACGGGGUUCAUUGGGGCACAGUAGAGGUUGUGUUGCUCAGAAGGGGUCUAAAAAAAUAUUCAAAUGUUGCUGCUAUGCUAAAAUUACUUCUAUUUUGGUCGUGGUGAUGCUAAUAUUUUUUAUUAGUAAAUAACAUGUAAUACAUUUAUUAUGCUU